AUGGCACAGUGGGGUUCCGCCACUUCGCCUCCAGCGGGACGCGUCAAGUCACCCGGGAUUAAAUCACCCAAGAGGAGAGCCGUAUUGUCUCCGCCGUCGUCCGGUGGCCAAGUGGGCUCCGGCAGCGACGAUGCGCAACCGACUUUCGUGUACAAGGCUGAGGGUCUCGCCGGAGCCGUGAGCGCCGUGGGCGUCGUGGGCCGAGCGCUGCUGCACGAACGCCGCAAGCGCAUGACGCGCGCCAAACUCGCCUUCAUCCUGGCCGUUCCCACGCUCUGUCUGCCGAUUCCGCUCUACUACAGCACGAAGAACAUCGGUGUCGUCAUCUUCUGCUCGAUGGUGUUCGCGGCAGCUUUGGAAGUGACGCAUCUCGACCAGCGCAUUGCACUCAGCGCGCUCCGGAUGGUGGGCACCAGUUAUAGCAGGAUAAUGCUGGUCUUGAUGGGCGUUACCAUGUUCCUGUCUAUGUGGAUUCCCAACACCGCGGCCACCUCCAUCGUGUGCCCCAUCGUGCUCACCGUCACCGACUUCAUGAAGGGCUCCGUGUCAUCCUCGGCGAAAAAAGUGCUUCUCGUGCUCAGUGAAUUCCCAAAGCGGUCUUUGUACCUCGACACCCAUCUGUCGGGGCAAGACGAGUCCGCGCAAAAAGUGCUCACCGAAUCCACCCUUCUACGCGUGCGCAAUGUGCUGCUGCUGUCCGUCGCGUACGCCUCCAACAUAGGUGGCACGGGCACCUUGAUCGGCACGCCGCCCAACAUAAUAAUGGUCGGCAUCAUAGACAGUGAGGAAGGGUACGAGUCCAAAAAGGUCGAUGAGGACCGGAUCAUGAAGGAGGUCGUCAAGCGCUGCGAAGAGCUCGGCCACAUCACGAUGAUCAAGUCGUCGGUGCCUAUGGUGGUGGUGAUGACCAUGCUGUUCAUCGUCCCCAGAGAGAGCAAUGUGUUCGGACAGACCGAACAGGGCAUCAUCAGCUGGGAAGAGGUGUGCAGCCGCGUCAACUGGGGCACCAUCCUACUCGUCUGCGGCGGCAUGACCAUCGCUGACGCCUCCACGAGGUCGGGCCUAUCGGACCUCAUGGUGAUAAGCCUGGAGUACAUGGACUCGGUGCCCGAUUGGAUCAUGAUGAUGUUGCUGUGCCUCUUGGCCUCGGUGCUGACCGAAUUGACGAGCAGCUCGGCCAUCUGCAAGCUCAUGCUGCCGGUGGUGCUCGAGAACGCGGGGCACCGGCGCGUCAACCCGCUCUACUUCGGCAUCCCGACGACCAUCGGGUGUUCCUUCGCGUUCAUGCUGCCUGCCUCGACGCCGCCCAACGCCAUAGUCUACCACAUGGGACAGAUGACUCCUGGCGACAUGGCUGGACCGGGAUUCGUCAUGAACAUUAUCUGCGUGUCCUUGGAGAUCGCCGCCAUCAACACCUGGGGCUACUACGUGUUCAAGGUCGACGACUACCCCCAGUGGGCAUGGGCCAAAUUCGGCCAGGAGCUCUGA